ACAGAGUUUCAGCCGGAACUUUACUGCGUCACAUCCGGUGGAGGUUGGCGGUGCAGCGACCCAGGUGUUAGCAUGGUUAGCAUGGUUAGCUCUGUGUGUGAGAGGUGAAUGUGUUGAGUGUGUGCAGCAACAAUGUCUUCAGUUCAGUCUCUGAGAGAGUUUAUCAGCGAGCGACUAACUGCUGCUGCUGAAGAAAUAUUCACAGAGUUUGAAAAAACCAUCGUCCGGUACGAGGAAGAGAUCGAUCGUCAGCGCAGACUGCUGGACAUCAGCUGGAAACCUCACACACACCUGCACACAACAGAUGUUUACAGACAGCUUUAUCUCUGCAAUGACCAAGAGUCCUGUACCCUGCAGAGGAGCCCCUCUUUGAACCAGAAAGAGCCAGAACCUCCACAGGAAGAACCAGAAACUCCACAGGAGGAACCAAAACCUCCACAGGAGGAACCAAAACCUCCACAGGAGGAACCAAAACCUCCACAGGAGGAACCAGAACCUCCACAGGAGGAACCAGAACCUCCACAAGAGGAACAAGAACCUCCACAAGUUAAAGAGGAACAGGAAGAACUUCGAAUUGGUCAGGAUGAAGAACAGCUGGUUUUGAUGCAAGAGGCUGGUCCAGUCAUAGUGACUGUUGACUUUGAAGAAAGACACCUCAGUGAACCAGAACCAAACUGGGACCCCCAAGAUCAGCAGGACCCAGGGUCCAGCAGAGAUCACAUCAGUGAGAGUCGGUACGGUCCCAAAACUGGAAGAAAUUUUGUUAAAUGUGACUUUUGUGGAAAAUCCUUUAGGUUUCGAUCCAAACUGAAGCGGCACUGCCGGGUCCACACGGGUGAGAAACCGUAUUCAUGUAAGACCUGUGGCAGGAAGUUUGGUCGUUCGUAUGCCUUGAAUGUUCACGUAAGAACUCACACGGGGGAAAAACCGUUCUCUUGUGAAGUAUGUGGGAAGAGUUUCUCUCAGUCUGGAAAGCUGACGGAGCACAUGAGGACCCACACGGUGGAGCUGCCGUUUUUCUGUGGCACGUGUGGUAAAAACUUCUCUCAGAGCAACGACCUGACCAAACACAUGAGCACCCACGCAGGUGAGAAGCUGUAUUCCUGUAGCACCUGUGGGAAAAGUUUCAGACACAGCAGCACUCUGGGUGCUCACAUCAGAGCUCACACCGGUGAUGUGUCCUUUUCCUGUGACAUCUGUGGGAAGACGUUCAGACAGAAGGGGAAUUUAAACGUUCACAUCCGGACCCACACCGGUGAGAAGCCUUUCUCAUGUGAAAGGUGCGGGAAAAGUUUCACCCAAAGGAGCGUUCUCACCGUCCACAUGAGGACUCACACAGGGGAGAAGCCGUUUUCCUGUGAGGUGUGCGGGAAAAAAUUCCGGCAUAAACGCACUUUGACUCUCCACAUGACCACACACACAGGAAGUCCUUGAAUAUUUAUUUUUAUUUUUUGCUUAUUGAAGAACUCUGGUCACAAACAUAUAAAGAUAAAUUAAACACUAAAGUAUUCA